AUGAUUAAAGUCGCCAUCGUCGGUACCAACGGGCUUGCCCAGUUCAUCGCCAACAGUAUUGCUACAACUACUUCACACCAGUUUGUGAUACUCUCCAGACGGCCAAGUCCGGGUCUUCAGGCAAGGGGGUGGCAGGUCAUGCAAGUCGACUACUCUAAUGCUUCAGCUCUUCGGUUCAAGCUCGCUGGUGUUGACACUGUAAUCUCCACAAUUAGCGGAAACGCUCAACUUGCUCUUAUCGAUGCAGCUGCAGGGGCUCAUAUUCGUCGAUUCGUACCUUCCGAGUUCUGUGGCCCUCCUUCCCUGCGUCCUCCAAAUGACUCCCUCGACGGUGGAAGACGCGCGGCUAUUCUAAGACUUCACCAGUUGGAGUCUACAGGCAUGAGGUUUACCGUAUUCACUUGCGGAAUUUUCUACGAGCGAUUUGCCCCCGGCGGACUUGCCAACUCACAGAUUGGGCUACAUAGCGCUUUCGGUCAAGAAGGGGACUUUCUCUUUAAUUUUCGGACUGGGAAGGCACAAAUGCCCUUUCAGAGUACCUCAACACAACCCGCGUCUAUCUGUAUGACCUCUGCCAGAGAUGUCGCCAGAUUCAUUGUCGAGGCUUUGGAUCUUUCUUCGUGGCCAAGAGAAUUUCGGCUACGUGGUGAACGUAUGAACGCCAGGGAAGUCAUCGCUGUAGCAGAGCAAGUCCGAGGCCGUUCUUUUGAGAUCUCUGGACAUACUCAAAGCUCACUACAGGACUCCCUAACAUAUGCUCGUGCCAUUGGCGAUCGCUCUAGAGAGGCCCGAGUUCACAGUCUCAUCGCUACAGCCGAAGGUCGAUUCGACUUUGUCAGUACAAAUCUGAACCAACUGGUCAGUUUUCGCCCCGAAGGAUUUCGGGAAUGGCUCGUUCGCGCCUGGUCAUCUGAGGCCUAA